GUUCAACUCCUAUUGUCGCUGGUGAUUAUUUAACCAUGACACGGAGCCUUUUGAAACGGGAGCUGUUUGAAUCAGGUAGUCAAAUACAGAGGAGUUUCACUUUCGACGUUGUUGUCAAGACGGAAGCAGCUGAUCGCCGCAUUUGGUUGCUUCAGCGCCGGCUAAACCGACUUGCACUCCUUCACCGUCGACAACGACGACGACGAAGGCCAAAUCGGCCUCCACUCUCACCUACAUCCCGUCGCUCUCUUCGUUACGACUUUCGAGUGUUUCCCAUUGUCCCGCUGUCCAAUCUCAGGCCAUCAGUGGUUUCCAACUCCAUCUCCUGACCUCGGCCGCUAGGCAACCAUCUACACGUAGACUUCUUCAC